AUGGAAUUGGUGCAGUCACCAUAUUCAAUGGCAAAUAAAACUGAAGAAAAUCUCGAAUCUGAAGUAAUUAAUUUAGUAGAACAACUACUAUUAGAAGAAUCCAUGAUUGUAGUUCAUGAAUAUAUUGAUUUGAAGGAAGAAACUUAUAACGUAACUGAUUAUAUUGAAGAAUAA